CAACUAGGAACUAGAGGCACUAAUAAACCGUCAAGCAUCUCAAAGCUAACGCGCUACUAUGGAACCUUCUUCGUUGAACUUCCUCGUGCUAAUCACCACCAUCCAUAGGACGCCACAACCUAGAGGCUAAGAGUGAUUAUUUGCCUGUCAAAUCUUCCGGCAUCUCCUAUCGCAUCCCAGCACUGAAAGUCGCACUCGACAAACAUGACGUAAUUGACUCCUAUCGUCUGGGUCAUUGUCACCCCAACUAGUAAACAGGGUUCGUAGCGCACGUCUUAGGACAUAGUACUUUUGAUCAAUCGUCAGGAAAGGUAUGAUCGUGUGUUUACCUCCAAAGUCUCCUUUGUCCAAAUAUGAUGGACCUCAAGUGCGGAGACUCAACCAUUCUUCACUCAUGUCGUACAAUAUUGAUACUCAUCCUGAGCGGUGUAUUCCUGCCCGUUAGUGGCACCAUCACCCUGUUCGCAAUCGCACUACAAACUCUACAUAUUAGGCAGGCUCCAAGAAGACAUGUUCGAAACAUUGGCGGAUCUCAGCCUCGGAUUUUGGUUACAGGCGUCAAGAUGGCCAAAGGCCUUUUCCUUGCGCGCACGAUGUACCUUGGCGGAUGUGACAUUGUCGCGGGUGACUUUGAUGAUGGCCACGGAAAUAUUUACUGUGGCAGGUUUUCCAGGUCCAUCAGGAAGUUUUUUGCUCUGAAGAAUCCAGCCGUAUAUGGCAUAGAGGCCUACAUCUCCCAGGUUGUCAACAUCGUCAAUUUCGAGCGCAUAGAUCUAUGGAUCAGUUGUUCUGGAGUCGCAACUGCGGUAGAGGAUGCAAUGUUGGCGAACGCGAUCGAGCGAAAGACAAAAUGCAAGGUGUUCCAAUUCGACGAAUCGACUGUAUCAACCUUAGACAACAAGUUCGAGUUCAUGAAGAAGACCACUGAGCUAAAGCUAGCCAAUGUUAAAUGGUACGCACUUAGCAGUCUGAAUGGUAUUCGGAUUCUGCUUAAGAAGAUGCGAAAAACCACUAAAGAUGAGCUCGACGUACGAUAUAUGAUCAAGAGCGCCAAUAUGGAUGAUGCCAGUCGAGGCUCUCUUCCGCUUAUCAGUCUCCAGGAUGAGGCACACGCUGAGCAGACUUUGAGCAAUCUGGACUUCUCGAAUGGCCGUCAAUGGAUACUGCAGGAGUUCAUUGAUAGUGGGGAAGAGUACUGCACACAUGCACUCAUCAUCAAAGGAGAAGUUCGCGCAUUCACCGCGUGUCCAAGUGCAUCUGUGCUCAUGCACUACCAGCGGUUGGACACAAAAUCUGUAUUAUACAAUAAGAUGCUUGAAUUCACCAUUAACUACGCUUCCGGACUCGGCGAUAUUACCGGACACAUGAGCUUCGAUUUCCUCGUCCGCUAUCGAUCGACCGAGAAUGGAUUCAUCGGUACAUUAGCCCCAAUCGAAUGCAAUCCGAGAUGCCAUACAGCCACCGUUCUCUUCGAGGGACUCGAGCAGGAAUUGGCGGACAAGUACCUCGAAUGUUUGACUCGCGUUCCAGCUGGCCAAUUAUUGCAUGCGACAACGGAAUCAGAAUCUGGCUACUACUGGAUGGCCCAUGAUCUGGUUGUACUGGUCGCCGGAUCUCUGUGGGGUUUACUGUUUGGUACAGCUGAUGUGAAUAGGUCGAGUCUUGUUCAGCAGAUACUUCUCGCCAUUCGUAAUUUGUGCACCUGGAGAGAUCCAACAUUCGUAUGGUGGGAUCCACUGCCCUGGUUUGUUCUCAAUCAUUUGUUUUGGCCUUUGGAGUUAAUUUUGGCAACUUAUUGCGGGCUCAGGUGGAAGGAGAUCAAUGUUAGCACGGCGAAAAUCUUCAAAGCGUGACAAGUGAGCAGGGUAAAGAUCUUUGUAUCGAGUACCUUCCCUAUACUAAUUCGGACUUGGUAAUGAUAAGCAAACGGUUAUCUCAAUACCAUCUGGCACUCCUGUGGGCUCAUGGCUGUGCUCAAUCCGACUCUUGUAAACAAUGCCUGGUAGCCCUGGAAGCUC